CUAUUUGCCACUCCCGUCUUCGAGGCUCCGAUUGACGUCCCUCUGUGCUGCGCUCUGGUACUAGAUGGCACUAGUUGAUGCUGCUCCUCAGAUGACAGCUGCUUCUAUAAAUAGCCUCGAAAAUUAUCAGGCUGAGCUGGACGCCGCCGGAAACGAUGCAUUGGCUUUCGAAAAUUCGUAUUGUAUGCGCUGUGGCGAUACCUUUCGCUUCAACGAAAAAGUUGUGCAAGCUAAGGAUCAAACUUACCACGUCAAAUGUUUUGUUUGUUCUCAGUGCUUCCAGCCCUUUCCCGACGGUGUCUUUUACGAAUUCGACGGCAGAAAAUACUGCGAACAUGAUUUUCAUGUCCUGUUUGCGCCGUGUUGUGGAAAGUGUGGAUGUUUUAUUUCCGGCCGUGUUAUCAAAGCCAUGAACUGCAAUUGGCACCCCGAAUGCUUUCGCUGUCAGUCAUGCGAUGGCUGCCUGACCGAUGAGGGUUUUGUAAAACUUCACGGACGGUACUGGUUUUUACCAAAAAUGUUUGAUCGUUUCUCUAACUCUGCCCUCUGUAUACUUUCUGUUUAA